AUGCCACCAAGCGGUCAACCAGUCUACGUUUCUCCCAACCCGCAGACGACAAAGCGUGAUGCUUUCACCGAGUUCUUCCUCGAGCAACAAUGUCCAGAGGGUGCUGUCUCUGCUUACAAGCAUCUGUUCAACACUCACCAGAGCUUGAUGAGGAUGUUGAUCAAUGAUCCUGCUAUGGAACCAAACCGCAAGCAGACCUUCUCUACACCUGCCAACAGUAAGAACAAGGUGUACUUUAUGUGGGACUUUGUCACUCGUACUUUCCAGAUGCUUGUUGCGACUGUUGACCCCGAAAGUCCUGAUGGCGAGGCAUGGAUGGACAUCAUUACAAGAUCCAUGCUGGCUCAACAACUCAUCCUAGACACGACCGGGAAGCUCGAGUCCAUGAACCAGUCUGUUGGCUACAAUGACGAUGCUGGUAUCCAGUUCAGCGAUGAAACCAAGGCAGAAGCAAGAAAGCUGGAUAAUUAG